GUCAUGUCGUCGGCCGCCAAUCAACAACGGAAGGCUGAGAUACUCGCCAAAAAAGCUAAGUUGGCAGAGCUAAAACGCCAGAGGGAGUUACGUCAAAAGGAGUUCUCUCAGUCUCGGGCAAGUACAGGAGAUGCUUCAGAGGUCGUGUCGCCAGUACCUAGCCGUUCCGACAGUAGAGCUGAGCUUGAUGACCUGAUUUCCCGUCUCGUUGACCGUCCUGGUUCGGCCGCGGUGAGCGGUGCAGAUGGCCUUUCAAGGAAAGGAAGCCGGCCGAAUUCGGUGCUGAGUGCCAGCCAGCUCAGCGGGGACAACACAGAAGCACUAAGCCCGCCCACGCGACCACUUUCACAGUCCAUUGCAGUGCAGACUGUUGGAACUGAGCCCUUCGUCGCCAUCCCUGAACUCCAGCCGGCCCCUGAAGCCAAACCAGAAGUCGUCACCUACAACAAGGGGGUACAAACAGAUGACCUGCGGCAGGGAGAGCAAGACGCAGCUUCUGUCGACUCCGAUGCUGGAGAGACCCCAGAUUUUAAAUCCUCGAGCAAGAAACAGCGGGAGCGCGAUGAGGAGAUUCGCAAAAAGCUCCGUGAGGAGAUUGAGGAGGAAUUACGAGCCACCCAGGAAAGUGCCAAGAACGAAAGCGGUGCGGACGCUUCUAUACGAUAUCCACUGCGACAACUUGAUGAUGAUGAGCUGAAGGCUGUCACGUCUUCCGAAGAUUUCCUAGAUUUCGUUGAGCGGUCCGCGAAAGUGAUCGAGCGUGCCUUGGAUGAGGAAUAUGAUGUUCUGGCCGAUUACGAGCUAGGAGGGAUGGAUGCGGAACUGGAGGAUGAUGACGAGCACGGAAAGAAGAAGCGUGGUAUCAAGGAGGUCUGCCAGUUCUGGGAUGAGCGAUGGAGCAAGAAGCGCAUGAUCAGUGAUAUCUGCUUUUCUCCCAAGUUCCCCGAACUAGUUCUCGCUUCAUACACCAAGAAUCCUUCAGCACCCCAUGAACCAGACGGCCUUGUACAGAUCUGGAAUCAGCACUUGCACUCCCGGCCGGAGUAUGUGUUCCACUCAACCUCGGACAUCCUAACCGCAAAGUUCUCGCCUUUUCACCCUAAUAUAAUUGUCGGCGGCUCAUACUCAGGUCAAGUGCUUCUCUGGGACACCCGCUCGUCGCGUGCUGGCGGCGGCGCACCCGUCCAGAAAACGCCUUUGACAGGCGCAGGACACACUCACCCAGUCUACAGCAUCUCGAUUGUCGGAACACAGAACGCACAUAACAUAAUCACCGCCUCUACGGACGGCGUUGUCUGCGGCUGGACCGUUGACAUGCUCUCCCAGCCCCAGGAGUACCUCGAACUCUCCACCCCUCCUCCGUCAAAGACAGAAGACCUCGCUCCCACAACCAUCUCUUUCCCACAAUCCGAUCCAACCUUCUUUAUAGUCGGCACGGAAGAAGGUGGCAUCUACCCUUGCCACCGCUACGACCGCGCCGGAGCCAAAGCAGGCACCGACCAUCGCCUUGCUUACCGCGGCCACGCCGCCCCCAUCAUGUCAACAGCCUUCCACCCAGCGCGCGGCCCCGUCGAUCUUGGAGACCUUAUGCUAAGCUCUAGCCUCGACUGGAGCGUCAAACUCUGGCGCAUCCGUCCUCCAGCCGCUACCGCCCCGGCCGCCACGUCCGGCAUCACGGACACCCAAGUCGUCACCCCCAUCCUUGAUAUCAACCGCGAAGAUGUCGUAUAUGACGCGCGUUGGUCUCCACACCGACCAGGCGUUUUCUCUCUCGUCGAUGGUGCAGGAAACCUCGAGGUUUGGGAUCUCUACACAGACACUGAAGUCCCCGCUGUGCGAACAACACCCUCUAAGGGCCGGGCGGGGGUCCUCUCUCGCAGCCUAAACAAGGUCGCCUGGGAGGAGCGCGAGGGCCGGCGCCUGGCAACUGGAGGGCUUGAUGGCGUCGUCACCGUUUUUGAAGUAGGGCGGGGUCUCAGCGGUACACCAGACGAUGUUCCCUCUGAAGAAUGGACCGGCAUGAAGCGCCUUGUUGGUAAACUAGAACAAAAGGAUAAGGACCGAAUGAGCUAAUUGAUUGGAUCUACUUCUCUGUAUUUAAUGCUCUUUUGUGUUGUGUGGUGUCUUUAUUGAGCUUACCAUAUACCCCUGCGGCCCUGUUUUGUCAAUG